UCAGUUGACGAAGAGCUUUUGCCGGUGCCACAUUCUCUCGCUCUUCUCUUUCCUUUUUGCGGCUCUCGUUAAACGGAUCCACGUGCUGUGUGUGUUGGAGGGAGGCCCUGCACAUACAAUGGAUGAAUGGGAAGAAAAUUGUGGUUGAGAUUGGCCAGUAAGGCACAAGAGCUGUGUCUGCAGUGAGUAAACUCAAAGAGUGGGGUGCGGGGGUGGGUGGAAUUUCAUGGUGAAGGAGUGUAUUAGGUGUGUGUGGAGUGUUGGGAUUUUUAUUGCGCGACCAUCGUUAUCUUUUGUGUCCAAACGAAGACAUGACAUUGUGCGGCUGGUGCUUUGUGUCGAAGCACAAAAGGCACCGGAACAAUAGUAUCGUGUCAUCGCAGCAGAAUCAGGAUGCCGUCGUCACGACGGAGGUUACAACGGCAAACAAUAUGCGAAAGGAGCAGGCACCACCAUCAGGUGAUGGAGGUGCUGCUUCAACGGCAGUGGGCUUAAAAGUUACGCCAGAGGUGACAACGAAAGUAAUUAGCAGGGAUGAUGAUGUCGAUGACGAUGGAAAUCCAAGAAACAAAUGUGCCCUCAAACCGGGGCAUUCGCUCAUGGAUUGGAUCCGCCUUGGGAGUUCUGGCUGUGAUUUAGCGGGCACGAAGGGUGUCGUGAGCCCCGUGAGUCACGCAGAAUUGGCCAAGCACUGCAAGAAGGGCGAUGCGUGGAUUGCAAUUCGCGGAAAAGUCUACAAUGUUACGCGUUACAUGGAUUUCCAUCCCGGAGGAUCUGAUGAAUUGAUGCGUGGCGUUGGGAAGGAUGCUACCAAGUUGUUUGAAGAGGUGCACGCAUGGGUGAACUAUGAGCAAUUGCUGGGAAAAUGCUAUAUUGGUCCCCUGAGGAAUGUGGCUACGUUGAAUUUGGACGGUUUGGACUUUCCGUCGGGGCAAAGCAAUAAAACCCAAUCCCCCACAUCGGCCAAUAAUGGGGGAUUCCGUCUCCCCUUUAGCAUAUCCCUCACACCAACACCCACACCCACGGCCCCCCCAACACCGGAGAAAACGCCGGACAUUCAGCCACGCUUCGAUUGGAUUCAGAAGACCUCAGAUCUCACCAUUAUCUUCUACACGAAAUCCCUCUGCAAUCCGGGCUUGACGGUGGAGCAACUCACUGAUGUCGAUACGGAAGUUCGGGUAAUAGUUGAACGGCAAACUUUCACGUAUCACCUGAAAUUUGCUCAUGAAGUUCAAUGGCCGUGCGUGACACGCAUUGCCCUUGAAUCGGGGAAGGUUGAGCUGAUCUUCCGGAAGGCCCAACCAGCUCUUUGGACCACCUACGGGACAAUGGAGCGAAAGAGGGGUGGUGGGGAUGUCGAACCGAAAGAAUAUGAUGCAAUAACGUGCCACAAAUUCAAUCAUGAUUCCUACGCAAUUGUCCUACGGCCCAAAAGGAAACUCCUUCAAGUUCAACCAAUUGGGUAUCAUAUUAGUGUCACAGUUCGUGUUCAAGGUACUGGUGAAGCAACACGAAGCUACACCCCUGUGCCAGGACUCUAUUUACCCGUGCCAUGUCCCGGAAGUUGCCUAGCAUUGCUCGUGAAGAGCUACACUAGUGGCAUUGUAUCCAAGUCCCUGACAAGUAGCACCUCAGCAGGAUCUGCAUUCAGGGUGUCACAGCCACGUGGAAAUUUUGCCUUGUACCGCCUCAAGAAUCACUGCAGGAUUGCCCUUUUGGCAGCUGGGAGUGGCAUAACACCCAUCUUGGGGAUUAUUGACUAUCUCCUCGAAAGGAGCAACAACAGAAUAGAACUUUUAAAGUUGCUGUACUUUAACCGAACUGAAGAGGACAUCUGGUGCCGCGGGAAAUUGGAGGCAAUUGCCAAUAAGGAUACGAGAUUUUCUGUGCGGCACAUUCUGUCGGAGCCAAAGGGCACAUGGGGUGGUGAACGAGGGAGGAUUUCUGAUGAAAUUGCCACGGAUUUGGCAUCUCGCACCUCUCCAACCUCCGCCAUUACGUUUUGCUGCGUAUGCGGACCACCACCGUUCAAUGACGCCGCCAUUACACAUCUCGCUGGUGCAGGAUUCACCAGUGAUGACGUCCACGUGUUCCAGGGAUAGUUACACACCCCCUGCCGUGAAGGAUGUUCUUUGGUAAUGUAGCUUUCACAAAAAAAAAUUCUUCUCUCGUAGCUUAAAGAAAUAUUCCGUUUAUAGACAAUGCACACACUUAGGGAAAAUCUUUUACUGCGUGUACAGAUUUAGCAAAAAAAAAAGGGGAAAAAGGGUUAAGGGAUGAAAGGUUAUAGUGUAAAAAAUUAUAUCUAAAUGCAUUUAGGAUAGUUUUAGGCCAAUCAAACUUGCACCAAAAAUGAUUUUAAAAAAAAAUUAUUUCCUUUACCUCAAACACAUUGUUAAGCAAUUGAAUUGAUUGAAUUUUAUUAAUUUAUUUAUUUUCAUCAAUAUUUUACUCCUUUUGAUGGUAUAUAGAAUAUCGGGAGAGAUGUUUUGUAAAUCUGAGUUACUGAUGGAGUUCGGAAAAUAAUCUUUUACAAAACUGCUUCCGAAUUAAUUUCAUUAACGUGUCUUUGAAGAUUCACGCAUAGUAUAACCCAAAAACACAUUUUAGUGUUGUUAAAAUUGUUUUUCUGGUUAAAGCUUUAAACCGGAUCUGAAAACAUAAAAAAUCUUUAAAAAAAAUAUAUAACUAAACAUUCUUAGAAAUCAACAAGCCCUAAGUGUUAUGAACCUAACUUCCAAAAUAAAGAGAAAAGGAAGUAUUUCUGUGGAAGUUAGGUUCAUAACACUUUUAAGGGCUUUUUAGUAAAUUUCUCUGGGAAGCCUAAAAUUUCAAAGGGGUUUAAAAAAAUCAAGAGAUCCAUGUUGGUCUUGCGAAAACUCUACAAAGCUUAAAAAAGAAAA